AUGCUCGCGCAAAAAUCACCAUCGUCGAACGCGGUAAAAGGAAGCACGAGGACGUCCUCCUCUCUCUCGAAAAGACGACGACAAGAAGGACCGCACGCGUCUUUGUCUUUUUUGUCUUCUUUUCGCGCGACGAGUACGAAGAGGACAUCUUCGAAACGUCUUCUUCUCGAGAACGCUUUGAAAGUGUACUCCGGGGAGAAGUCCUUCUCCGGUGUUUCCCGAGACGACGAAGAAGGAAGAAGACGCGAAAAGGCGAUUUGGAGGAGAGGGGUGAAAAAGAACGCGGGGUCGAGUCUUUGUGUGCCUCCUUUACGUGCCGCCAACAAGGAAAAUGGACAAUCUGACUUUGAACGCGCGACGAUUUCGGCGAAGACAUCGAAAGAGUUUUCGUCGGCAGAUUUUGGUGAAGAAUGCGUCGGCGUUGGGAUGAACGUGGAGUGCGAAAUACCGAUCGCGGAAUGUGACGACGACAUGGAUGGUCGCGUCGUUUCUCCCGUUCCUGUUCAGUUUAAUAAAGGAGAAGGAGAAGAAGGAGAUGAUCGGUGUGUUGCGAAUUCAACGGUUGAAAAGCGGAAGAAAAAGCGAACGAUGAUGGCGAAAGGCGGCGUCGACUCGACGUCUCGGGACGAGUCGUGCGUCGGCGUCGGGAUCGACGCGGAGUGUCCGAUUGAAGAAGAAGAAGAAGAACUGUUGUUGUCGUCGUCGAUGACGAGAGAGGUGGAGGUGGAAGAGGGCGUUGUCGCCGCCGCUACUGCGAAGAGUGGGAAGCAGAAGCAAGAAUUUCCGGCGUUGUUUUACGUCGCGCCGUUCUUUCUCUGGGGGACGAGCAUGGUCUCGAUGAAGGAGGUGCUGCCGCUCACUUCGCCGAUGUUUGUCGCGACGGUGAGGUUGAUUCCAGCCGGUUUGAUUCUCAUUUUGUGGGCCGUGUCAAAGAAUAGAAAGUUUCCGAAGAAUGCGAAAGGGUGGUUGGCGGUGUCGUUGUUCGCGUUAGUCGAUGGGGCUAUGUUUCAAGGGUGUUUAGCGGAAGGGUUGGCGAAGACGAGCGCCGGGUUGGGAUCGGUCAUCAUCGAUUCGCAGCCGCUGACCGUGGCAAUUUUGGCGUCGAUUUUCUUUGGCGAGACGUUAGGUGCGGCUGGUAUUGGUGGGUUAGCGUUAGGCGUGGUUGGUUUGUCGCUGUUGGAGAUACCGAGCGAGACUUUAGCUGGGUUCAUGAGUAAGAGUAGUAGCGGCGGUGGCGCGGAUGGGGGAAGCGCGAGCACUUUUUUACAGUCGUUCGCGGCGCACCCGUUUGACUCUGGAGAGUUUUGGAUGCUUCUCGCAGCACAAAGCAUGGCAGUUGGAACCGUCAUGGUUCGCUGGGUCGUUAAAUACGUCGAUCCAGUCAUGGCGACUGGGUUACACAUGUUUCUCGGCGGCAUUCCUCUGUUGAUAUAUUCGCUCGUCUCUGAACGGGACGUGUACGAAAACAUCUUCGGUGACGGGGGGGGUGCUUUAGGUAUCGCGGACGGCGCGAAUUUGCUCUACGCCUCCGUGUUUGGCGGCGCGUUGGCGUACUCCCUGUUCUUCUACUUCGCCAGUUCUGGAAACUUGACGAAAUUGUCUAGUUUAACGUUCUUAACGCCCGUUUUUGCCGUCGUCGGCGGCUAUUUCGCGCUCGGCGAAACGUUGGACGCGCAACAACUCGUCGGCGCCGCAGUGACGCUCGGCGGGAUUUAUUUAGUCAACAAGAACGCUGGAGGUAACGACGGCUCGUGA